AGAAAUAUGGCUCCAGAAGACUAUCAGGAAGAGGAUUCUUUUUGUUUCAAUGUAGGAGGCUGGCUCUUUUCGAUUCCAAAGUCAAAGCUUUUACAGUUUCAUGACUCGGUGUUGUGGCAAGAAGCUUCCAGCCUUGUUCAUUCGGAAGAUGCCAGACUUUUUAUUGACCGGGAUGGAUAUACUUUCCGUCAUGUACACUACUAUUUGCAUACGUCAAAGCUGUCUUUUUCCUGCAUCUCUGAAAUUACUUUGUUGUAUGAGCAAGCUACAGCAAUGUGCCUGACAUCUUUGCAACAGGCUUUGGAUAAUAUGAAAGAAAGUAAACAUCAUUUGCGUGUACGACCUGAAGAUGUACCAGUUACUCAAAGAACCAGUAGGAAUUACUGGAGAACAAGAUGUAACAGUAAACCUUCAGACUUCCAAAUUAAAAGUCCAGCAUUCACAGGUUUACCUGAUAAAGCUCCAUUAGGACUAAUAGACACACCACUGUUGGAUACCGAAGAAGAGGUGCACUGGUAUUUUCUUCCUUUAAAUCUAGUGAAGAAAUACCCUACUUUAAUCAAUGAAGAUAACCUGCUAUGGCUGUGUGAGGAUGUUGUCCUUAUAGAAAUCGGAUGGAGUAAUUUUCGAUAUAUAGCAAAUUUCCUUCUGACUGGCAAGUUUAUUGUACCUGACAAAUUUUCAGAAGUAGAUGCUCUUCUGACUGAAAUGGAGAUGCUUCAAAUUCCAGAACUCAUUGAAGCUGUGAAAUCAUACAAGAGAAAAAUAGUGGGUUGUGAGUCUGAAUGUGCUCCAGCAUACAAACCAUUGUAUGUCCUUGUCCUGGAACUAUUAGUGAAAUACCCAGAUUCAGCACUAGGACAACUUUGUAUUGAAAGCAGCCUUGAUGGGAUGAAGCUCUAUAUUUUUGGCAAUGGAGUUCUUUUUCAACAUGUCAGAAGCUGGUUAGGGACAUGUCGUCUACCUUUGACUGAAGACGUAUCUCAAAUGUGUGCAGUUUGUGUUUUUCUGGACCGACAUGACAGUCUGUAUCAGCCCGUAAAGGAUGCCAUGCGACUUUAUCUACAGAAAAGAAAAAGGGAAACACUUGAAACCAGGCUUAAAAUAAAUAUAUCGGACGAUGGUUGGACUGCUGAUGUAGACAGCCAUACUCUUCACCAGAUUGUGAAAGUUUAUGUGGGAAAUUAUUGGUAUGCCACUUAUCUGAAUACUUUCCUAAAGUAUCCAGAAUUGUUGUAUAAUCGUAACAAAGCACGAUGGAUUGCAUAUGGCAAGACACUUUUCAUCAUUGGAGAUGGUCAGAUGUUCAGGCAUAUUAUCAACUUCCUGAGAUUUGAUCAACUGUAUAUUCCAUCAGGAUUCAAAGAAUGGCCUUUACUUUGUCAAGAAAUAGAAGACUGUAAAAUCCCUGCACUUUCUGAAGCCUUGCAAAAUUGUGAACAAUACAGAAUUUGGUAUGCAGAGAAUGAAGUAGAGACUGUCACAGCAGAAGCGGUUGAUAUUCCUGCAGAAACUGCAAUGUCCGUUUCAUCCAUGGAAUUGCAUGAAAGCAUGGAGGAAAAAGAAAAUGUGUUAGAUCAUGCUACACAACAGGAACAUCCUAGUGAUGCCAAUGCUGAAAUAGAUCAAUGCAGACUGAUCAAUUUAAACUGGAGCAAUAAGACAACUCAGUCACGAAAUGUGUCCAUGAAUCCAGCUUCUAAAAGUUACAAUCCAACUCUUUCACCUCGUAAAGCAAGAAAAACUAAAUUUAAUACAGUUCUUGUUGGAGAUAAGCAAAUUACUGAGGAAUCUUCUGCUUCAGGUAAUGAAGUAUGUUUGGAAGAAUCAGGAAGUCCACCUCGAAAACGGACAGCUAAGCCACAUCAUAAUGGACAGACAGAAACAAUGACGUCAGUGGCCAAAUUCAUUUCACUCGUUAAUGGAAGGAAGAAUAAUAACACAGAGAAAGCUGGACUUUUGUCCAGUACUGUUCCUAAAGGAAACCAAUUUGAUAAAUCAAUGGAUUUUAAUAAUUUUGACAGUUGGCCACACAAUACUGGAUUCAUUAUAAAAGUCCACCAUCCUCUCCUCCUGGGAAAUGAUGGCUACUCAGAGUUUUACACAGAUAGUGUGUUGUAUAUGAAAUAUUCUACAGACGUAGCUGAUGCACAAUUUGGUCACUCAGAAAAGAGCCAAAUCACAGGUACUAUUUUUAUUCCAUGGGUUAAGCUUGCCUUUUUUCUUAUGAAAUCACUGGUUUUUGCUAGAUCCUUGAUUCACCCAUGCCACAAACUGACUCUGGUUGAGACUUUUGGAGCUUUACUGUAUCUUUGUAAUAAUUUAAAAGGUCGAAACUUUUCAAAAACUUUUAUAGGUUUAGCAUCUCUCAUCUUUAAUUUAUCGUAUGAAGAAAUAUUUUAUGCCAGGGAAUGUAAUCAUUUUUUGACUGGAAUAAUUCUGGACUCGUAUACUUUGAAGGAUCCUCGACAAAUAACCUGGGAAAUACUGCACCUAGCAAACUUUCUAUGGACCGAACAAAUAACACCGGAAACAUUUGUGUCAAAACUGCUAAAUCUAAAAACCUUCAAGAACCAUAAACAGUUGCAUGACAAAUUGGUUAAAUGGUUAACAUUGACAUUGCCAUUUGCUCGGAAGUAUAGCCACUGCAUGGAGCUACUGUUGAAGAAAGGAUAUUAUAAAUCAGUCUCAUUUCCUGUGUUAGGGAACUAAUUUGAAACAUUCCCAGCAAAUGAAUCUGAUUUCAUUGUAAUAAUUAUAUACAGUGAUAU